AUGUAUUCGUUCCCCGGUAGAAGGCGCUGCUGCAGCCGUGUUCUGCUGAGCACCGCUGUUCAAAAAUAGAAGAAGUCAAGAUGGCAGCUGCCACCAUGAAGGGACCUGUAGCGGUUGAAGACGUUGUCGUCACUUUUGAAGACCAACAGAAGAUCAAUAAAUUUGCCAGAAACACGAGUCGGAUGGGGGAACUCAAAAACGAAAUAGAGUCGAAGAAAAAAACGCUGCAGAACCUGCAGGACGCCAGCGAUGAGCUCAUGAUGUUGGAUGACGACUCCUUAUUGGUCCCUUACCAGAUUGGUGGUGUUUUUAUUGGCCACUCUCAGGAAGAAACACAAGAAAUGCUAGAAGCUGCCAAGGAAGCCCUGGAGCAGGAGGUCAAAGGCCUGGAGGAACGCGUGACAGAGAUCCAGCAGGUGCUGGGCGACCUGAAGGUCCAGCUUUAUGCCAAGUUUGGUAACAACAUCAACCUGGAGGCAGAUGAAAGCUAAGCUGCCAAAUGGAAACCUGAGGACUUUUACUUUUCCUUCCAGCUCAUGCUUUAGAUCCUUGACGAUGCCAACAAAAACAUGAACGUGGAUGUUGAUCGUUUGUAGGUUCUGGCCUGUGUUUACAGAAGUCCGUGCUUUGAUAUUGGAAAGCAUAUUAAAAAGGACAAUAACUGUUAAGAUCUGGUUAUUAAAUGAAAUAAUGCCGAUAAUCUCACAUGCAUGUACUCCUUAAAACUUCUUUUUGUGUUUUGUUACUGUUGAUAAAACAGAAGUAAAAAGGUAGAACUUAAUUUAAA